CACUCAACUGGAUGCGCUCGAGAUUGUCGAUCUAGGAAAUGCCAUCGAUGGCGCAAUAACAUCCCACGUUGUCACAACGCUGCCUUUGAAGCGGAGAACUGUCUCGGAGCUGGGAACAAUAAAUCAGACCACUUUCCCAGCUGCUAAUGUAAUUGCUAGCACAUCCCAGCAGCUCAGAAACACGAAAACCCACUGUACCAUACAAACCCCAGACCCGUCAUCAUGUCUACCCCAGCCGUGCAGAACCUUAUCGAUGGCAACAAAGCUUAUGCUUCGACUUUCACCGAGGGCCAUCUUGCCCUCCCCCCGUCCCAGAAAUAUGCAGUUGUAACGUGCAUGGAUGCUCGCAUCGACCCGAAGAGCGCUUUCGGAAUACCUCUCGGUGCCGCCCAUAUCAUUCGCAAUGCCGGCGGCUCUGUCCGCGAUGCCUUCCGAUCCCUCGUCAUAUCGCAGCAGCUCCUUGGCACGACCGACGUGCUGAUCGUAAAGCAUACUGGGUGCGGGAUGUUGACCUUUGAUAAUGCGGUUGCAAGAAGUGCCGUCGCAAAGAACAAGGGGGAUGCGGCGGCGAAGGAGGUUGAGGACCUGGAGUUCUUGACUUUCCCGGAUCUGGAGACUGAGGUGAAGAACGAUCUGGAGUGGAUCAAAAGCAAAAAUGUCGAGAGCGGCAUUAAUUUCACCGGAUGGAUUUAUGAGGUUGAGACCGGCAAGGUAAGGAAGGUUGAGUAGUGAGACGUGGGGUUAUACCAAGGCGUAUACGGUGUCUACGACGUGUGGUUUAAGGGAAUUUUCUCUAAUAUCUGGCUGUUGGCCUCGAGCUAGUAACGAUCUCAUAUAAUGGCACCUGACCUCCUAUCUCGAACUCACUUUCAUGAUACUCCCUGCGUGUGUAUACACUUGUCUGGC